GUGAAAAACCAAAAUUUUUGCACACCAUCUCGCUUUGAGCACAAACGUCAGAUCGUUUCGGUCACUUCUUUCUUGAGACGUCCAGGAGACGUCGCUCUCUAAACUCUUCAUACACACUCGGCAAUAACUGAACAAUGGGUGGAAAAGGAAGAGGACGAGGGCGAGCCCGCGGAAGAGGGCAACCAUCUGAAAACUUUGCGCCAUCUCGUCCUGGUCCAGCAGAAGGCCAUUUUCCUCCUAUACCCCAGUUGUCACUUGGCGCUGAGGAGCCAACUCGAGCUGGCUGGGCUAGAGGAAGAGGUCGAGGAAACCAGCCUUUGAUUUCCCCUAGGGAGGAGUUCUCUUCCAGUGGCCAGAGCCUUAGCUCGUCCCCGGCCACAAGCCAGACUUCAUCCAGCAACCCUUCAACACCAACAGUUGCUGGAUCAAGCUCUGGAAGUUCUGCUCCUAGUCCAGAGAAAAGCACUGGGCCUGUGCAGCAAGUCAUCACACCCAGACUCCAGCCAAAGUUCCCAGCCAGAAAUGGUUACGGAACUAAAGGACAGAAAAUGAUAGUGGAGACCAAUCAUUUUACAAUUAACGUCAAAAAUAAGCAAAUGACAAUCAUUCACUAUGACGUUGAUAUGAAGCUUGUUAGUGAAAAGGACGGCUCCACUAAAGAUUGUCCCAAGAAAUACUUCAAACCAGCCAUUGUUGCAUUCGGCAAAAUAGUUUGGCCGGGGCGAUAUCCAGCUUUUGAUGGCGUCAAAAAUCUCUUCAGUUGCAAAGAGCUUAUUGAUGGCGAGACUCAAAUGGAGAUUCAGGUCCAGAACAAAGAGCGUUUCACUGACACUGGUGCUCCUGAAACUGCAAAAAUCAAAGUGAAAGUGAAGAGGGCCAGCGAGAUCAGUCUUGCGGACAUCGGAAGAUAUUUCCAAAAUCGUGAUCGGGUGCCUCAACCGCAAGCUGCCAUUCAGGCCCUUGACAUUGUGCUCAGGAAUUCUGGCAUAACUAGAUUGCUGCAAGUGGGUCGCAGCUUCUACACUGCUCCAAAAGGAGAGGUUAUCAGUUUGGGCAAUGGAAUGGAGCUGUGGUACGGAGUUUUUCAGAGUGCUGGAUUAGGGGCCAAACAGAUCUACCUUAAUGUUGACGUGGCCCACAAAGGAUUUCCAAAAGCCCAGUCUGUGAGAGACUUGGUGAUCGAUCUUGGCACAGAAGCACCAAGUUUUAACAACAAAAAUCCAAGGCCAUUUGAUGUCGUUAACUGGGAACUAGACGUUGAUAGACGUUUGGACGAAAAGUUCAGGAACUACAUUAAAGGGCUGAAGGUUGAAUACGAGAUUCCACACAUUGCCAACUCCAAGAGAGUUUAUCGAGUGGUUGAUGUCGUGCAAGCUGCUAGUCAGCAGAAAUUCACAUUGGACAUGCCUAAUGGUGGUAAGCAACAGUUGACUGUGGCUGCCUAUUAUGAACGAGAAAAACGGUGCAGAUUGCAAUAUCCUUAUUGGCCCUGCCUCCACGUUGGAAGCAAGGAUCGGCAGAUCUACGUGCCUAUGGAGUUGUGCAAGAUUGCACCUAACCAAGUCACCAUCAAAAAGCUUGACGAAGAACAGACAAGGAACAUGGUUAGAAAUGCUGCAACCAAGCCAUACAUUCGAAAGAAGAAGAUCAUGGAUGCAUUUAACAGCCUGGAGCUUGCAAGAGAUCCUUGCCUGGCAGAGUUUGGAAUCCAGGUUAGCGGCUCAAUGACUCCUGUCGAUGGGAGAAUUCUCAAUGCCCCUGCACUUAAGUACCAAGGUGAACAGGAAGUCAGGGUUCAGAAUGGCGAAUGGAAGAUGAACAACCAAAAAUUCCAAAAGCCAUGCAGAGCUAUCAAAAGUUGGGCCAUCGUUGAUUUGUGUGGAUUGCGUGAAACAAACGACAUUGCGAGCAAAUUCCCUCAGUUUGCAAGAGAUGUUGGAAUGACUUUUGAAGGCAGACCACAGAUGCUUCAACCUCAAAACAGGUUUAGAGGAAAACCUGAUUUGGAUAGAUAUUUGGAAGAUGUUGCUAGAAAGGGAACUUUUGAUUUGAUGAUCGUAGUGAUCCCAGACUACAUUGGAGGAGUCAGCCCAUACCCGAGUGUCAAGCAGAUCCUUGAAAUGAAGUUUAAGAUCCUAACACAGUGCAUCAAGAUGAAAACGGUCAGGAAGCUGACUCCACCCACUAUUGGCAACAUUCUUUUGAAGAUCAAUGCUAAAAUGGAUGGGAUCAACCACAGCAUCCAUACCAGGAGCAAACCAUCUUGCUUUAAUGAGCCUAUAAUGAUCAUGGGUGCCGAUGUGACACAUCCCCCUCCUGACUCAAAGUCAAGUCCAUCUGUUGCUGCCGUGACUGCAAGCCAUGAUCCAGUUGCCCUGUUCCAGUACAACAUGCAGUGGCGUUUACAACCUCCAAAAUGCGAAGAAAUUCUUGAUAUGGAGGAAAUCACCUAUCAGCAUCUUCGCUACUUUGCUACCAAAACUGGAUAUCCGCCAAAACGAAUCAUCUUUUAUCGAGAUGGUGUCAGUGAUGGCCAAUUUGAAAUGGUGCUGAGAUGUGAGCUCGGGGCAAUUCGCAGAGCCGUGAAACGAUUCAAACCCGAGUACAAUCCGCCCAUCACUUUCCUUGUGGUGCAGAAGCGACACCACACUCGAUUCUUCCCUCGAGAUCGUGACCCUUUGGCUGAUAGGAAUGGAAAUGUUCCAGCUGGAUUUGUGGUCGAUCAAACAAUUACUCAUCCACGCAACAUGGACUUCUACCUUGUCAGCCACCAGAGCAUCCAGGGAACAUCUCGUCCAACAAAAUACCAGAUGCUAUGGGAUGAUGCAAACAUGACAGAGGAUCAGGUUGAGGAACUGACCUACUAUCUGUGCCACUUGUUCACCCGUUGCAAUAGGAGUGUGUCGUAUCCUGCACCUACCUACUACUCCCAUCUGGCUGCAUUCAGGGCCAAAAACUAUAUUGAAGGGAAACACAUCAAUGUGGCUGAUGAACUUGCUCUGAAGUUGGAGAGCAUCAAAAUGAAUGAGGCCAUGAUUGAGUUCAACAAAAAGCAUCCUAUGUUCUUUGUUUAGAUAGAUAUAAUUUGUUUAUGCCUUUAUUGUUUAAUUGCUUGAGAAAAGUUCAAGCUCUAAAAACUAUAAAUGUAAGGAAAAUAUUGAAAUUAAAAACAUCUAGUUAUCUUUCAUAAUUAAUAAACAGAUUCAGAUCUUGAUAAAAAUGUAAAUCAAUGUGAUUUGCUGGGUCAGGUGCUCUGUCUGCAUUGAAUGGGGACAUAGCACCUGGCUGUAGACUGUAUAUUUACGUAAUAUGAAGGUUUGAUAUUUGAUCUGAUGUAUUCGAUUCAAGGGUAAAAUAAAAUAAUAAUUAACAGUAAAA